AUGGCUGUUGGGAAAAACAAAGGGCUAGCCAAAAGUGGUAAAAAGGGAGCUAAGAAGAAAAUCGUGGAUCCCUUCACCCGGAAAGAUUGGUACGAUGUGAAAGCUCCUUCCAUGUUCAGUGCGCGCCAGAUUGGGAAGACCUUAGUGAAUCGGACACAAGGAACAAAAAUCGCUUCGGAAGGGUUGAAACAACGAGUUUUCGAAGUUUCCUUAACCGACCUCCAGAAGGAUGCCGACGCUGAACGUUCAUUUCGAAAAUUUCGAUUGAUUGCUGAAGAAGUUCAGGGAAAGCAUGUUCUUACGAAUUUCCAUGGUAUGGAUCUAACCACAGACCGACUACGCUUCAUGGUGAAGAAGUGGCAGACUUUGAUAGAGGCGAAUGUCGACGUAAAAACAACCGACGGUUAUUUGCUGCGAUUGUUUUGCAUUGGUUUCACGCAGCGCGGUCAGAACCAUGUGAAGAAAACAGCGUAUGCACAGCAUACUCAAGUUCGUGCAAUUCGACGGAAAAUGGUGGAAAUUAUGACGAAAGAAGUUCAGAACGGCGAUCUGAAGGACAUCGUAAAUAAACUGGUCCCUGACUCCAUCGCGAAAGAUAUUGAGAAGGCUUGUUACGGCAUAUACCCACUGCACGACGUGUAUAUACGCAAGGUGAAGUGUCUGCGGAAACCGCGAUUUGAUCUUAGCAAAUUGAUGGAAUUGCACGGGGAGUCUUCUGGUGGAAAAGUUGUGUCCGGAGAAGUUUCUGGAGAAGCCGGUGCACCUGUAGACAGGCCAGAUAACUACGAACCACCCAUUCAGGACGCCGUUUGA